CACUCACGGCGCCUGCGCAGACCCUGAAAAGUGGCCUGGGUAGCCCCGAGCCUGCCUUUUCCGGUUACGGCGCCGCGCGGUGAGGAUCUCUCGUCUACUCUAGCAAGCAUGCCGUCCAAGGGCCCGUUGCAGUCCGUGCAGGUCUUCGGACGCAAGAAGACGGCUACAGCCGUGGCGCACUGCAAACGGGGCAACGGCCUUAUCAAGGUGAACGGGCGGCCACUGGAGAUGAUCGAGCCGCGCACGCUGCAGUACAAGCUCCUGGAACCUGUUCUGCUUCUGGGCAAAGAGCGGUUCGCUGGUGUGGACAUCCGUGUCCGUGUGAAGGGCGGUGGUCACGUGGCCCAGAUUUAUGCAAUCCGCCAGUCCAUCUCCAAAGCCCUGGUGGCCUAUUACCAGAAAUACGUGGAUGAGGCUUCCAAGAAGGAAAUCAAAGACAUCCUCAUCCAGUACGACCGGACCCUGCUGGUAGCUGACCCCCGUCGCUGCGAAUCCAAGAAAUUCGGAGGCCCUGGUGCGCGGGCUCGGUACCAGAAAUCCUACCGAUAAGCCUGCUACGAGGAGCAGGGUUCACAUUCAUAAUAAACAAGGGCUGUGGGAUUUUAAGGUUUCAA